AUGGCCGCUCGCUGGAUCUCUUCCCAAGAAAUUGCUCGCCACGAUACCCUCGAGGACUGCUGGCUGGUUGUUGACAAUCAGGUCUGGGACAUGUCCGCCUUUGCCCCAGAUCACCCCGGUGGUGUAGAGAUCAUACUUCGGUUUGCGGGUCGUGACGCGACCGCUGCCUAUAAUCAGAUCCAUAGUCCGGACCUCAUCAAGAAGGCUCUUCCACCGACUCAACUCAUUGGUCAGCUUGAUCUGUCCACGAUAGACAAGACGUGGAGCCAGAAAUCUAGUCUCCCGUCAAAGUCAUCCUCAGUGAGGCCGCCGCUGAGUACGAUCCUCAGCAGCCAUGACUUUGAAGAGAUUGCCCGGCACUCUCUGUCAAAGAAAGCCUGGGCUUUUUACUCCAGCGCCGGCACGGAUCUGAUUUCCGUCAGAAACAAUUCAUUGUUCUACCAGCGUAUCUGGAUGAGACCGCGACUGCUGCGCAAUGUCUCGACAGUCAGCACGCAGGUCACGAUCCUCGGAGCCUCAUUCGCGCUGCCUGUGAUUGCGGCGCCAGUCGCCCUCGCCCGACUGGCCAACCCUUGCGGUGAAAAGGGCAUUGCCCGCGGCGCUGCGAGAACGCGCACGGGAUAUUGUAUCCCCAUCACCGCGUCAUACCCGGCCGAAGAAAUCAUUGCGUCGGUCAACCGCGAUCAUCCAUUCUUUUUCCAGCUCUAUGUCAACAAAAAUCGCGCAUCAUCAGAGGAUAUCCUGGGCCGGGUUUGGGACCUCGGCAUCCGCACCCUCUUCGUCACCAUCGACACUCCAACCCCCGGAAAGCGCGAAGCCGAUGAGCGCGUCCGCACGGAGGAGUCCAUUGCGAUGCCCAUGACGGGCACCAACGCGAGCCAGGACGCCAGGGGAAGCGGGAUUACCCGGACCACGGGAUCUUUCCUCGACGGGGCACUAUCAUGGGAUGAUCUCACUUGGCUACGCAAGCACUGGCAGGGCAGGCUAGUGCUCAAGGGGGUUCAGUCUGUCGAAGAUGCACUGCUGGCGAUGGAUGCACAGGUGGAUGGAAUCGUUCUGAGGUAA